AUGCACAUCCUCGUGACCAACGACGACGGCCCCCCCUCGCCCCAUUCGUCCCCCUACGUCGCGUCCCUCGUCGCCGAGCUCAAGAAGGCGGGCCACACCGUCUCGGUCUGCCUCCCUCACACGCAGCGGUCCUGGAUCGGCAAGGCCCACAUCAUCGGCCAGUCCGUCAAGCCCGUCUACUACACGCCGUCGCCGAACCUGUACGGCGAUGACGCCGAGGGCACCAUCCACACGCGGCCCACGACGUCGGACCCCGCGACGCCCGGCACCUUUGACGCCGACAAGGAAUGGGUGCUCGUCGACGGCACGCCGGCCUCGUGCGUCCAGAUCGGGCUGCACCACUUCUUCGCCGAGCGCGGCCCCGUCGACCUCGUCGUCAGCGGGCCCAACUACGGCCGCAACACGACGGCCGUCUUUGCCCUGUCGAGCGGCACCCUCGGCGGCGCCAUGGAGGGCGCCAUCUGCGGCAGGAAGGCCAUCGCCCUGAGCUACGCCUUCUUCUCGCGCAACCACGACCCCGUCAUCAUCGGCGGCGCCGCGCGCCACGGCGUCCGCGUCAUUGAGAGGCUGUACGCCGACUGGCCCGCCGACGCCAGCGUCGACCUCUACAGCGUCAACGUGCCGCUCGUCGAGGGCGUCGAGACCCACAAGACGCUGUGGACCGCCGUGCUGCAGAACUACUGGCACGACGCCGGCUGCUUCCAGGAGCUCGACGGCGAUGCCGCCGACGAGGUGGUCGAGGAGGAGAGGAUACGCGAGGGCCAGGGCGGCGAGGUCCAGGGCGGCGAGAGGAAGGCCGACGAGCUGCUGCACAAGCACAGGCAGAGGCAGAGGCACUUCAAGUGGGCGCCGUCUUUUGGCGGCGUCUACAAGAGCGUCGAGGAUGCGCCGCCCGGCAACGAUGGCUGGGCUGUCGAGAAGGGAUACACAAGCGUCACGGCCUUGAAGGCAAACUUCUGGCACGCCGCGGAGCAUCUGCAUGAGAAAGAGCUGGUUCUUUCGCCGCCCCUGGAGGAGAAGGCUAAGACGCGCAGCCAGCAACUACCCCUGCGGCCCGCCGUGGCCCAGAAGCCGGAACAGGCAGAGGCGGCCAAGUGCUACGCCGUUGUCGAUUACGGCGACGAAUACGUCCAGCCCCUGAUCCUGGACGCCAUGAACUCCCUCCUGCCCGAGGGAUCCUGGGAGUUGCUGCCCCACACGCCAUCAUCGUCAGCUGAUCAAGUCCUGUCGCUGGCGAACAUUGUCCCCUCGCCGACGGCCAAACUCGUGCAGAUUGCACCCUACGAGACGCUUGACUUUGAGUACGCCGCCGACCACUCGUCCACCGUGCUCAUCAACAGCUACAUGAUCCGCAAGGCUCUCAUCCGGAAGCACUACCUGUCCGCGACGGUGGAGACGUGGUCCGCCAAGCACCCGUCCUCGUCGCUGGCCACGGGCGUCAAGCGCAGCGAGCACUUUGAGCUCGACUACGCCGAGUUUCUCGACGACGCCCUCGUCGAGGCCUUUGACCUGCGCGAGAGCCUCGAGCGGAACGAAGAAAAGGAAGACCCGGCGCAGCGGGACUGGUGGAUCCUCAAGCCCGGCAUGAGCGAUCGCGGCCAGGGCAUUCGGCUCUUCAGCACGCAGGACGAGCUGCAAGCCAUCUUUGACGGAUGGGAGGCCGACAGGCCCGACAGCGAUGCCGGCCAAGACGAAGACGAAGACGAAGAAGCAGCCGGCGGCGGCGGCGACCGCGACGGCAGCGGCGACUACAUCACGACAUCGCACCUGCGCCACUUUGUCGCCCAGCCGUACAUCCACCCGCCGCUGCUCCUCGACACGGACAGCCGCAAGUUCCACAUCCGCACCUACGUCCUGACCGUCGGCUGCCUGUCCGUAUACGUCUACAGCGACAUGCUCGCGCUCUUCGCGGGCGCGCCUGUACGGGCUCGACUUCCUCGUCCGAUGCCGCGGGCGAGGCCUGGCUGCUUGAGGUCAACGCCUUUCCCGGACUUUAAGCAGAGCGGCGACGGCCGGACGGGGCAGGUCGUGGCUGGCUUCUGGCGGGGCGUCGUGCGGACGGCUGUGGCGGGGUUCUUCGGCGUCGAGACUCCCGCCGCCGGAGAGGGGGAGGGCACGAUGGAACUUGUGAGGGAGGUUGAUCUGGGUCGGAGGUGA